AUGUCUUCAACUAUUCCAAAAGAACCAUUUCUUAAACAACAUUACCAGAACUUAGUAACAAUGAAUGAUUCAUCAAUUACAUUAAUAAAACCAUCCAAUGCACGUUCUGAAUUAUGGUCCAAUUUCUCUCAAUUAUAUCAUUUAAAUAUUGCACAAAAUUACGUCGUUUGUCAUGAAUGUCGUGUUGUAUUAAAAUGGACUAGUGAAACAGGUACAAAAGUGAUGAAGAACCACAAUUGUGGGAAAAAAUUCACACCAAAAAUAUCAACAACACCUUCACGUCAACGUACAAUAUCUUCUUAUUUACCACCAGCUGAAGAUAAUUAUGCAACAAUUAAAGAACGUAUAGUUGAAGCAUGUGCUGAGUUUUGUGCACUUGAUAACAAACCAUUUGAUAUCGUGGCUGGUGAAGGUUUUGUUAAUUUGACAAAGCAGCUUAUGAAUGCUGGUGCACUUAUUGGAACUGGAUUUUCUAUCAAUGAUAUAUUACCACAUCCAACUACUGUUUCUCGUAAUGUAAUUCGAAUUUAUAAUAAACUUAAAGGACAACUUGUUGUUUUAUGUGAAAAUGUUCAACAUUUUACUCUUACUUGUGAUUUUUGGACAGAGAGUCUUACAGGAGUGCACUAUGGUGGAAUUAGCUUACAUUUUGUUGAUGUUAAUUACAAUCUACAAAUGUUUAUUUUAGCGUGUAAAUUAUACGAUUUACCAAAUCAGAAAGCUUGCAAUAUUCGAGAUUUUGUGAAUGGAAUAGCAGCUGAAUUUGGUCUUAAAAUUACUGAAGAUACUUUCAUAGUGUCUGACAAUGAGCCCAAAAUGGUUUGUGCAUUCAAAGAAGGUACAACAAGAAUAGGCUGUAGUUCUCACUACAUUAACAAAGUUAUUCAACAUGCAUUUGAAUUACAAGAUGCUCUUUGUGCUGGUGUUCAAGUCUUAUUUACAAUUGUUCGUGAUAUUAUUACUUAUAUUUGA